UUGAAAAAGAGGAAGCUGGGCUCCUUUCCAAAGUGUGAGGAAGCCCCACCAAGCCUGGCAGCAGUAAGGAACACUCUUAGACCUUCAUGAUUUCCUCCAUAGCCUGUCAAGAUAAAACAGCAAUCAGUUGAGAAGAAAAGAAUGGUUGACUGUGAGAAUCUGGAAGCUGAGUCAAACAAUGUGGCACAUAGAAAUGGAAACUCAAAAUGGACCAAACACUCCAAACAGGGUGACAUAUAGCAAUGGAAACUGUGAAAAUGGACCAAACAUUUCAGAACGUGUGAGACUGACAGUUGAAUCCUCAGGGAUGACAGAACAAUUGACUAGAGGACAGAAUGCAAGAUGGAGCAAUAAAUGUGUUUUUGUGACUGUGAUAUUUUCAGUCCUCACCAGCAGUGUUUUGGUUGCCUUCAUUAGUGUGAUGCUGACAAAGUCAUCAUCUAGCCGAUGCCUAACCAUAGCUGUCUCAUCUUGUCCUUCAAAGUGGCUUGGUUAUGAAGGCAAAUGCUACUAUUUUUCUGAAGCUGAAGGGACUUGGGACUUCAGCCAAAGGAACUGCUCUGCAAAUGGUGCUUCCCUAGUUGCAAUUGAAAAUCAAGAGGAAAUGAAAUUUAUAAUGAAGCAUAAGGAACCAACUGAUUAUUGGAUUGGUUUGAGAAGAGAGGAAGGACAACCCUGGAAAUGGGCAAAUGGAUCCAUCUUCAGUGGCUGGUUUGAAAUUGGGGCUAAUGGAUUCUGUGCCUUCUUGGAUGAUGACCAGGCCACUUCAACACUGUGCUCCACACAACGAAACUGGAUAUGUAGCAAAUCUAAUUACACAACCUGAACAAAGCUUGAAACUUCCCAACACAAAUGCUUCAACAGCUUCAAUGGUGUAAAUAACAUGGGCUAUCAAUUUAUUGACAAGACCCAGACCAGAGCUUUGAAGUGACAAGUCACAUUUCAAAAGUCACAGAAUGAUCAGGAAUAUCGUCUCGAAAAGCCCUCCCUCCAUGCCAUCUGACAUCAUCUGGCCUGGGAGGGAGUGAAAAGGCAGGCCCAACUCCAUCAAGGCUAGCCAGAGCAGAAGAAGGCCAUGGUCCAGGCCUCAAA